AUGCCGCCUGUACCACGUAUGGUUCCGUGGACCGGACCUGAGGAAUAUGAUCAGGUUUAUCAAUGGCUGUAUUCAGCCGAAUCUCGUUUACGCAAACUCGGAAUUCAGCACGUAAAAAUGUGGAUGAGUAGAGGCAAAGUACCGCACGCCAUAUUAAGUACCGCAUCAUUCGUUGAAGUUCAACUUCGAGAUGAAUUGUGUUAUGAUGAGACAAUCAGUCAGCACGAAUUACAGUUGCUUUAUUCAAUGACUUUCACAAGAUUUGUAAAUGGGAUGGUUGAUCCAGAGCAACAAGGUGUGUACGCCACGUCCAUUGCAACGCUGGCAGCAAAGCUUCAGAUGCCACUCUGGUUUGUGGAAUUGAGGCAUAUGGGAACACAUGAACAUCUUCCUAGUUUGGUAAUUCUCAGGAAAGGAUGUAGACAAGCAUUAGAAUGGCUAAAUAUCAACUAUUGGAUGUCACAAAAACCGCUUUUUUCACAAAGACUCAAUGAAAUAAGAGAUGUAGUGCUUGAAUAUAAACGGACAAAGAAAAGACUUUUGAAAGAACAGAUGUCCGAUGAAUCUCAAUCGCUGGCAACUACAAACAAAAUACUAAAGAAGUUGAAUAAACUUGUCAGUUUGGAGAUAAUAAGUGAGUCUCUGAUCCCAGUUCUCCUUGAGGUUGGAAUUUUGGUACCGACAGGAUAUGACAAACGUGCCCAAUCGCUCGAUUAUGAAAUACCCACAGAUCGGUCCUUAUUAUGGCAUCCUUUCCUUUACUAUUGUUAUACGACGUGGAGUAGAUUUGGAGAUGAAAUUUUGUCUGCAAUGUGUGAAAGAUUGAGCGAAGAAGACGACGAAUAUGAACAAAAUAACUAUUCUUUAACAAUAGUUGCCUGGAUAAAGCAUUUGCUGAUUAUUCACUAUAAACAAUCUGCUCCCAUUUUCGGAUCGAUCGAAGUUGAAGGCGUCCUGGAACCUUGUUUGAGAAGACCAAAUGUCUACACACGAUCAAUAUUGCAAGUACUGUUAGAUUACGACAAUGUGUUGGAACGCUCUGUAACUCCAUUUGUCAAGUAUAUUGAUAAAAUGUUGACAAUGAAGUGUACCCCAGUCCCGAUAUCAGAUCUACCAAGAAUCACGGAUGAGGAGCUCAACAAUGAAAUCGUGGAGUUAACUACUAAAGCAAGACGACCACUAGAAUCAGUUCCCAUGGAUAUGACAACCCAACCAUUGACGCAAACUGAUAACCAAACGGAAACAUCUUGGAAACUAUAUGACAUUAAUGAUUGGAAACCCUGUCCAAUUGGCUGUCUACCUAAUGGACACAUUCCUUCUCUUGAAUUAUCAGUCACAACCAAUGAAGAUGCUGAGAGUUUUGUUAAUAAGUAUCUCUAA